AUUUUGAAAAUUGCACAUUAGGUGCUAUUUCUUGGAAACUUCCUGCCGGCCCCUCGAAGACACUAUCUCUUAUCUCUCCUUCAAGACUGGAAAUAUCUCACAAAUUUGCAUAAUUUUCUACCGGGAAUUUUUCAUAUUAGAUUGGUUUUGGUACACAAGUAUAAAUAUAUUUGUAUGUAGAAUCACAGUUCCUUUUUUUUCCCCCUCCGUUUUGAAGAAAAAUAUUGGGAUAUUUUGGCUCAACUGAGACAGUUUCUGAGUUCAAAUCCUUUUGCAUCAGUAGAAAAAGCAGAAAUUAACAAUAAAGGUGAAAGCGUCGACCUUUAUCACCUGUUUCUCUUCUUUGCCUUUGUUUUCAAGUGGGCUGCUUUAAGGGAUCUUGAUCUGUGUGUAAAUGUGGCUACUUUUUUUUCGUUUCUGCAGUUGAGUGUUUCUGGAGAUUAGGAGAUGGGAUCUGUUGAAGAAAAGAUAGACCUUGAUUCUGAUGAGGAGAUCCCCUUUAGUGUGUCGCAGCCUACGAAUAAAAUGCAUUCGUUGAAUUUUGAACCUUCGCGUCAUAUCUUGGCACACCCACAAUUUUCAGCUUCUUGGGUGAUAAGGAAGGUGAAUCGAGUCAGCAUCCUCAGAAGUAUAUACAUUGUCUUGAUCAAGGCGAGGAUCAACGUGUUGCUUCCAUUCGGGCCCUUAGCGAUAUGUUUACACUAUUUCACCAAAUUGCAUGGAUUGGUCUUCUUCUUUAGCUUAAUUGGCAUUAUUCCAUUGGCAGAGCGCCUCGGUUAUGCUACUGAGCAACUUGCAUGUUAUACUGGUCCCACUGUUGGGGGUCUUCUAAAUGCUACAUUUGGAAAUGCUACUGAGAUGAUAAUUUCAAUUUAUGCAUUGAAAAACGGAAUGAUAAGGGUUGUUCAGCAAUCGCUACUGGGUUCCAUCUUGUCAAAUAUGCUCUUGGUUCUCGGUUGCGCCUUCUUCUGCGGUGGGCUCGUUCAUCAUCAAAGAGUGCAGCUUUUCAAUAAGGCCACUGCGCUUGUGAAUUCAGGGCUGUUGUUGAUGGCGGUUAUGUGCAUAUUGUUCCCGGCCGUUCUGCAAUUUACUCAUACAGAAGUGCACAAGGGCAAGUCAGAGAUGGCUCUUUCGCGAGUCACUAGUUGUGUUAUGCUGAUUGCUUAUGCGAGCUACCUUUUCUUUCAGCUCAAGAGUCAGAAUAAUCUGUAUAGUUCUCUCGAUGAGGUUAGGGAUAAUGAUGAACCUGAUGAUGAUGAAGUCCCUGAGAUCAACCCAUGGGAAGCAAUCGGGUGGCUUGCUAUGUUGACUCUAUGGAUAUCCCUUCUAUCUGGAUAUCUUGUCGAUGCAAUACAGGGAGCAUCCGAUUCAAUGAACAUGCCCGUUGCUUUUAUUAGUGUCAUUUUGCUUCCAAUCGUUGGGAACGCUGCUGAACACGCUAGUGCUAUCAUGUUCGCGAUGAAGGACAAGCUUGACAUAACUAUUGGAGUUGCGAUCGGAUCUUCUACUCAGAUAUCAAUGUUUGUAAUUCCGUUUUGUGUGAUUGUUGGUUGGAUUAUGGGAAAGCCUAUGGAUUUGAAUUUUCAACUCUUUGAGACUGCCACACUAUUUAUCACGGUAUUAGUGGUGGCGUUUAUGCUUCAGGAAGGUCAAUCAAACUAUUUUAAGGGUUUGAUGCUUAUUUUAUGUUAUAUCAUCGUCGCAGCCAGUUUCUUUGUGCACAUUGAUCCAACAAAGGAGGAUGAUUGAGUUUGGAGUGGUGAAGCGCGUGGUGCUUGAGAAGAUUUCGAGCCCCUUUGUAAGAACACAUGUAGCAGCUACUAUUCUUUAACUUUUUGUUCAUUGGCGAGGGGAUGGCGUCGUUGCUGGGAUGACGUGUGGAGGGCAGCGCGUGAUUUCUGCUCGUGAAGGAGCAGUCCUGCAGCAGGUAAAACCUACUACAGCCACUGCAUUCCCCUGCAUUAAUAUGUUGUACUUUGAUAGUUUCAUCACGUUGCUCGUGUGAAAAUCGACUAAAUUUUUGGCCAGUUGUAGCGACACAGGUUGUAAUUUUUAGUGAAUUUAGAUUGAAUGCAAAAGAAUUGGGGCAUCUUCUUGAAUUGGAUCGUCUCAAAAUGUAUCUUUAUUGAAGCAAAUGCGUUGUCAUCA